ACACGACGUCGUAGCGACAUUGUAAGGUAUUUGGAAUUGGAAGGCAUUAUUCAUCACCUCUGAAACAGGGGUUUAUGUUGGUGAGGUUUUAGAGCGGUGGCGCACGGCGGUUCCCUCUCUCUUCUCUCUCAAUUUGUCAUUGGAACACACUCUAUCUAGUGUAUAAAGUGGUACAAAUGGAGAGGCAGUCGGUAAGGCUUCGUUUGCUGUUCGAAGAUCGUUCGAUUCUUAGUGAAGCACAGCGAUCGGAUGGGAUGAAUCGAAGCUGGCUUUUAAUAGAACCACAACAGCAUCGGAAAAUCUCCGAUGUCUGCAAUCAUCUCCUCCAAUAUUUCAACCUUCGCCGCUCGUGCCCUAAUGGCAUCCACCUCUAUAUGGAAGGCUUUGUCUUGCCACCAUCUGAGUCGACUCGAAUCUUGAAAGACAAGGAAAUUAUUUGUGUGAGAAGGAAAGGGGCGGCUUUGACGGAAGCAAUAGAGGCAGCAGAUGCAUGUAAUUUGCUUGACGAGGCGGAAAUCAACAGGAACGAACCUAUAAAUAAUGGCAUGCUACUUUUAGCAAAUGAAGAGUUUGAUAAGGAAACUGGGGGAUAUCAAAGUGAAUCAGACGCUGAGGAGGAAAAGUUGGAAGAUGAACCUUCACCUUUAGAAACACUUUCCAAGAAAAGAAAAGCCUCCACAAAACUUCGGAGCUCAAAAGAUGUCUCUCAAUGUAGCAAGGUCAUGUGUCUGCUGAUCAAGGUGCACGUAGCUCAAUCCAGGAACAAAAAACAUCGAUCAGUGGUGAUGAAUGAUGUUAAAGAUGAAAUUGCAGCAGAAAACGACGACAUAAAUAAUGAUGAAUGUCUUCCCAUGAAAAUCAUCAGCAAGAAGAUUAAAGCAAACAAGGAGAAGGGGAGCGAUGAAACAAUAAUUGUAAAGGUGAAAUCUUCCCCCAAAACAAAGAGGAAGAAGAAACACCUUUCAGGGGUGGUGAGUUGUGCCGAAGAUGAUGUUGUGACAGAUGAAAUUGACAAUGUUAGUAAUGGUGAAUCUCUUCCCGGGAAAAUGAGCAAGAAGAAGAAUAAACCAAAUGAGGAGACUAACAAGGGAAAUGCUGAAAUAAAUGAUGAAAAGGUCAAAUCUUCUUCCAAUGUGAAGAGGAGUGAGCGUCUUCAAGACAAUGUUGAAGGAGUUGAACACGCAUCUACUCCACUUGAUGGGGCUAAAAAGGUCCCCAGUAGAAGUGCUAGAAGGAAAAAGGCUAAGAGACAAUGGAGGCGGGAACUUGCUAAAAUUUCACAAACGCCUGAAACUCAUCUGGAGCCAGAAGUAUCCAAAGUCGACAACAAAGAGGCUAAUGGCCAUCCGAAGGGACCUCAGGUAAAGCAGGAUCAGUUGCCUACAAAAGUUGUGCAUAAGAACAUGAUUAAACAGGAAGAAAGAAACUCUAAUCACAAUGUGGGUACUGUACUUGUUCCUUGUGUAGUCAGGCCAGGACAUAUUCGCUUUGAACCUCUUGACGAAGAUGAAGAUGUAAAGCAGAUCGAAGUACCAGAGGUAGCUUUUCAGUGGAAUGGAAUCACCAGCAAGAAAAAGGGUCAAAAAUGGGGUUUAGAGAAGUCUUCAACUUUUCGAAGGGACGACUCUCCAAAAGCAAACACAGGACCUUCCACAAUGUUGAGUGCCGACACAGAAGUACCUGUGAUUGACCUCAAUGAUUUUGACAAGCUCCCUUUGUGCACCUCACCUAAGGAAGGUGAUGUUAUUGCAUACCGUCUUCUGGAGUUAACUUCUUCUUGGACCCCUGAGCUCUCUUCCUUCCGGGUUGGAAAAAUAUCAUUCUAUGAUGCCAGUAACAUCAUUCUGAUGCCGGUGCCGGAAUAUCCCAUUAUUUUCGAUAAGAUGGAUGAGGAUGGGCCAGACAACUCUCUUUAUAAAGAAGAUGGAAGUUUAGAGAUCAAAUUUGAAGCUCUUGUUGACGUCCGUUCCGUCAAGCAAAGUAACUCGGAUGCUAUGAAAGCAGUCAAUAAUGGAGUUCAGCAAACUCAGGGAGCUGAUAAAAAUGCUGCAUCCAAUAUAUCUAACAGAAAUAACAACAAAGAAACUCUCUCCAAAGACCCAAGUUCAGUGGUGGCGAACAAAGAACAUGACUCGUGGGAUGAACUGAAUGAGGUUUUAAGUGCAAAAAAAGCAGAAUUGUUGGAGAAGAAGGAAGAGAUGAAGAGGGAUUCGGGGUGGAACCGAUGGUCAUAUAGAGCAUUAAGAGGUAGCGCACUCGGUCCAACAAUGGCGUUGUUAAGAUCAAAAAAUGACGUAUAAAGUAAGUCAUCGUAAUCUUGUUCCAUAUAUAUGAUACAAGAAAGUGUGGUUCAGCUUCAGUUCAGCUGUAGAAAUUGACCUCUAAUAUUUGGUUUGAAACUGAAUUUUGCCCUAAAUGCAUGUUUUAUAUAUGCU